UCACACUAUAAUUGGGUUACUGACCAAAAAGUGUUUCGCUACUUUCAGUAGCCGCAGUAAUCACCAUGGCGCAAAAUAGCAGCGGCAGAAGAAUACCUAACAUAAUGAUUACCGGAACGCCGGGCACCGGAAAAACGACGACGUCAUCUGCGCUGGCGGAGGCGACGCAGCUCCGGCACAUCAACGUCGGCGACCUGGUUAAAGAGAAGAAGUUGCACGACGGAUGGGACGACACUCUCGACUGUUAUGUCAUCAACGAAGACCUCGUGUGUGAUGAGCUUGAGGACAUGAUGGAACAAGGUGGAAACAUUGUUGAUCAUCAUGGCUGUGACUUCUUUCCUGAACGUUGGUUCGAUAAAGUGGUGGUGCUUCAAACCGACAAUACUGUCUUGUAUGAUAGGUUGAGUAGGAGGGGUUACACAGGUCAAAAGCUCUCCAAUAACAUCGAAUGCGAAAUAUUCCAAAUUUUGCUGGAGGAGGCAAAAGAGAGUUAUCCAGAGGAUAUUGUGGUGGCACUAAGAAGUGAUUCUGUUGAGGAUAUUAGCAAAAAUGUGGAGACACUGUCCAAUUGGAUUAGUAGUUGGAGCCCUGUCUCAUGAUUAAGAUAUCACAAGUGUAUCUUCUAUUGCAUGUUUGAUUUUUGUAUUCAAAUGAUAUUCUAUAGUGGUUUUGGCUGUUUGGGGAGGUACACCCUUCUUUCAUAUAAACAGAAAUUCUGUAGAAAUGCACCAAUGUGCUCUCCAUUAAUCGUCGCGGAACAAAGCUUUUCGAGAA